UACUUGUCUUCCUUAAACUUUUUAGACAAUAAUGUCCCACAACUCCUACUUCACAAACCAAAAUUUGACCCAUUUAUAUAAAAUUUGUCUCUAAAUAAACUAUUCAUUUUUAAUUUUCGAAUCUCUUUAUUCUCUCCAAUUCAUUUCUUACUCUUUUACCCCAUUUCCAUUCCCCAUAAACUAAUUUCCAGUUUUGAUUCAAAAAGAACACAACUUUUUUCGCCUUAAUUCAAUCAUUUUUCGAAUUUUCUUGGAGAUUUUAGCCUCCACUUCACAGAUUCUUUGUGGGUUUUUUUCUCUGUGUAAAAAGAUCAAAAGGGUGUCUUUGACUUUUGUAAAGAAACGAUCAAGAAUCAGUUUUGGUUUGUAAAUUGGUUGAAUAUGUCGAUAGUGUUCAAUUUUGUUUGGUUUCUUUUUGGAGCUUAAUUUAGGGUUUGUUUUUGGGUGAUAUUGUGAAAACUGACCGGGAAAAAAGGGGGUAUGGGGGCAAGAGAACGCAGAAAAUCUACAGAUUCUACUAAAGUGGAGGUGGGAGAGAUUGACACCAGGGCACCCUUUCAAUCUGUUAAAGAUGCUGUCACCAUGUUUGGUGAAGGUGCUUUCUCAGGCUCAGGUGAAAAACCAGCUAUCAGGAAGGCAAGACCUCAUUCUGCAGAGAGAGUUCUGGCUAAGGAGACGCAGCUUCACCUGACCCAGAAGGAGCUGAACAAGUUUAAGGAUCAACUGAAGAAUGCCGAAACAACUAAAGCCCAAACACUUGUAGAACUUGAAAAGGCUAGAAGAACGGUAGAGGAACUGACGGAGAAGCUCAAGAUAGUCUCUGAAUCGAAAGAUACAGCAAUUAGGGCAACAGAAAUUGCAAGAAAUCAAGUAAAAGAAAAUGAAGAAACAAAGAGCGGUGAUACUUCUGGAUCCAGUGGCACUAGAGAGCGGGACUUGGAAUCUGCAAGGGAGCAAUAUAUGACUGUAUUUACUGAACUUGAUGCUGCAAAGCAAGAACUGCGGAAGAUUCAACAAGAAUCUGAAGCUUCUCUGGAAGCAAAACUUGCUGCCUUUAAUCAAGCUGCAGAAGCAGAACAAGCGGCCAAAGCAAAUGUGGAAAAAGUAAGCGAACUUUCCAAAGAAAUCUCAGCUCUGCAGGAAUCAAUAGGGCAAGUGAAGCUUGCAUCUCUACAAGCACGGCAAGAUCAAGCAAAAAUAUUUUCUGAAAAAGAUGUUCACAAGCAGUCUUAUAAAGCUACCUUGGAAGCAUCUGCUAAUAAAUUACUUGCAUUAAGGAAUGAGUUUGAUCCUGAACUUGUUUUUAAGCUUGAGAGGCAACUGGCUGAAACAAUAACCGAGAUUGAUGCUCUACAAAAGCAGAUGGAAAAUGCUAAGGCUUCAGAUUUGGAUUCUGUGAAAACCGUCACUUCAGAGCUAGAUGGUGCUAAAGAGUCAUUGCAGAAAGUAGCCGAGGAGGAAAACUCCUUGAGAAAUUUGGUGGAUUCUCUUAAGCUGGAGCUCGAGAAUGUGAAGAAGGAACAUUCUGAAUUGAGGGAAAAAGAGGCAGAAACAGAGUCCACAGCAGGAAACUUGCAUGUCAAGCUUCGCAAAAGUAAGGCUGAGCUUGAAGCAGCUCUUGCAGAGGAAUCUAAAACAAGAGGUGCUUCUGAAGAGAUGAUCUCAACUCUCCACCAGUUAUCGUCAGAAGCAGAGAACGCACGACAAGAGGCUGAAGAAAUGCAAGAGAAGGCUGAGGAGUUGAAAAGGGAAGCUGAAGACACUAGAAUUGCACUUGAAGAAGCAGAGAAGAAGCUGAGGGUUGCUAUGGACGAAGCUGAGGAAGCCAAAACAGCAGAGACUAGAGCCCUAGAUCAGAUUAAGAUGCUAUCUGAGAGGACUAACGCCGCUCGGGCUUCAACAUCCGAGUCUGGUGCCAAUAUCACUCUCUCUAGAGAAGAGUACGAGGCUUUGAGCCGGAAGGUUGAGGAGUCCGAAUCAUUGGCAGAAAUGAAAGUAGCGGCUGCCAUGGCUCAGGUUGAAGCUGUAAAGGCGAGCGAAAAUGAGGCUAUGAAGAGGUUGGAGGCGACGGAAAAGGAGAUCGAGGAUAUGAAGACUGCAACUCAGGGAGCUUUGAAAAGGGCAGAAAUGGCUGAAGCAGCCAAGAAGGCUGUGGAAGGAGAACUUCGAAGGUGGCGUGAACGAGAGCAAAAAAAGGCAGCCGAAAUUGCAUCGCGUAUAGUAGCAGAAACAGUAAUGCCAGUAGAAUCGUCACCGCAACGUAAUAGGAUUCAGAAGCAAAAGUCAGCUCCGUUGAAUGUAAUUCAGGUCUCGAAAUCGGUGAAAGAGAAGAAUUCUGCAUCGAAGAAAGCUCUUAUGCCUAAUCUCAGCGGCAUUUUCCAUCGGAAGAAGAACCAGAUUGAAAUCGGGUCUCCGUCUUACCUGCCUGGUGAGAAACCUGUCUAACAUUUGUGCUUUGAAGAUCUCUGUGUGUGCUUGUGAAUGGUUAAGAGUAAGAAAGAGCCAUUGUUUAUGAAUUGAUUGCGUGUGUAUAAAUUUGGAACAAGUGGAAUCAAAUUUCUUUAAUCUAUAUGGUGAGUUUGAGGAAAAAGAGUGAAUAUGAAUAUAUUAGGAAGGAAGCAAAGUUUAGGGAAGUGUUGAAUUUUGUAUAUGAGACUGAUGUUGUUAGAUUAAUGAUGGAGGGUUUGCAGUAGGAAUGAGUUUUAUGUUUUUCUUUUUCUAAGAUUGUGUACCUUUUAAGCUAAGGCACUUUAAACUUGGGCAUGAUGGGCAUCGACAGUUUGUUGAGCAAUGGUGCAAUGAUGCUCUCUGUUUGUUGUUAAUGGAUUUGAGUGAAUGAAAGGCUAUUUUUAAA